CCAAGACCGAGCCCAAGAUGAACAAGAACAUCACAAAAAUGUACUUAAAAACUAAAGGAACUACAUCAACAACGUCGCGUUUACGUUUAUUAGCUUUCGGCGUUGCUAGCACCACAAAAAAGCCAUUUAUUCGAAAACGAAAAACAGUCACUUUGAUGAUACUUUUUCAGUUUAUCCUCGGAUAAUUGAAGAAUUGAAAGGGCCCUCGCCAAAUUGCACACGUGAGUCCUUUCAAUGCACGACGUCAAUUUACAAAGUGCACACGUGGCGCGUGUCUCGUAAAGGGGAGGUCCCGACCUCCAGUGUUCAGCGUAGUCGUCGUGCUUGUGAAAGUUUCUCAACAAGAAUUUUUAGCAUAGACCUUUAGUUGGACAAGUCCAUUGGUCACCACGACAGAAAAUGGAACUCAGUCUGCACUGAAUUCUGUGCGAGAUGAAUUGUCUUGUUAUAUAUUGUAUACCGCCGCUAAAUUCUAAUCUGAAUCUAUAUUGACAUCAAUGUUGAUUUUCAAAAUUUCUGAUUUGGAUCCGAUCAUAUACAUACUCGAUGUCGUUGCGUGCGGUCGACGAUCGUUGAAGUCGAAUUUUUUGAAGAAAAAAUGAUGAAACGAAAUUUUGAACUUGCUCAAUGUUCUUUCUGUUAAGAUGACACGAUCACAUCAUUCCAUGACAUUCAAAAACGCAUGAAAAACUGAAUUACAAACACCACCAUUGGCAGGUAAAGGUAAAAGUAUGUAGUGAUCACUUUUUUUCACUUUUUUCUCCAUGUUCUUUUGUUGUUUUUAGCUCUAGGACACGUAGAAGUAGGUGAAAGAAAGUAGUAGUUCUUCCACAUUGACCUUCUCGUGCGCUAUAAUUUUCGAAUCAACACGUCUGCCAACAACAUUUUUCGCCUUCUAAUUCUAUCCUCUUGUGAAAAAUAUGCUUACAAUAGUGUUUGGCAGUCUGCGCAGAUCUACUCUUCUUUCUGCGUGAAUGAACUUAUAGGAUCCCACCAUCUAUUCAUUCUCACCUAUAAUUUUUAGGUUGUACAAUCUAGUAUCAUUGUACUAGACCUCCCGCACGACCUACAUCAGAACUAAUAUCAUCUCUUCAAGAGCACCAAAAACAAGAUGGAGUACGUGAAUAUGAAGGCCGCGCCCCGAGUGGGCGGUGGGCAUAUCCUGAAGGCCCAUCAGAAGCGAAUGGGCGUUUCGGACAGUCUAAAGACGAAUGCGAUGUGGGAUAAAAUCGGGUACGACCCCUACGCCAAUCCAGACCACGACAAAAAACUGCAAGACAUAGGCAAAACGAAAGGGAAGGGAAAGAAAGGUCCCUCUUCAGGUCCACAGCAGAAGCCAGGCUAUUUAUGGCACCAGAGACUACUAAACAAGUAUUUAAUAUUAUAGUAGUCUAGUCGAGAUCCCGCAAGAAAUAAUAUUUUACUUACGUUGUAUAAUUUUUCUAGAACAAAAAGAAUCCCUAAAUAAUGACAUAUAUGUAUCUCUUAAGACACUAACCAAAUGAUAGAUGACUACCACAACAUUCUGAUUCUCUACCUCUGAUGUGUAAGUUUUGCUUCCAAAAUGGCCAGUAAGGGUCGAACCUGAAGCGCAUGACCAUGACCACUGACGUGUGCUAGAAAACUAAACAAGUAACAUCAACACCACCGCAUCUAAUAAAAAGUUCCGUUCCCGGUCCCGUACCAGGCUCAUCGUCUUUUGGCGCAGGAGGCAGCAGCUCUUCCAGCCGACCAGCAGCGGCGCUCGAUCAAGGUGGCAUGAUGGAGGUCGCCAAAUUAGCUGGUCUCAGCAGCACAAGAACCCCAGGAGCGUGCACGAUUUGCGGCAAUGUCGGUUAAGGCUCAGCUUUCAAUGGUCAUUGGGGUUGGUCACUGAGAUCCCUCUUGAGAGAACAGGGGAAAAUGAAGGAAAAGCAAAGGGAGAGGCAUGGGGCCCAUUUCUUUCAGAGUCAGUGACCAUUGAAUGCUGUGCUUUAAGUCGGGCACCUGUCAUUCCAGUGCCGUAAUACCAUCAAAAUAGAGGACAGAAACAUAGCUAGGGUCGCUCCUGUGGUUGAGGAGUCGAUCAGUGACGACCCAGACUCAGAUGAAGAAAUUGCGAAGGAAAGAAGAGAUCAAUACUAUUCGGAUGGAGAGGGUGGACAACAAGGAGGUUCAGUGACCCAACAAGGAGGUCCAGGUCCUGGUCUUCAACAACAACAGCUUCUACAACCUCCUUCGCAAGGAAACAAAAGGCGACGCGGCUCAUCUCCAGGUAGUGGAGAUAGAAGUUCCAACGAACAGCGAGCAGGAGGUGGAUCUGACACUGACUCAGAUAGCAGCAGUGAGGAUAAGAAAAAGAAGAAGAAAAAGAAGAGGAGAAAGGAGAAGAAAAGGGAAGAGAAGAAGAAAGACAAGAAGAAGAAAAAGACGAGGAAAGAGAAAAAGAAGAAAGGUGGCAAGAAGCGAAAGUCUGUAUCGUCGGACGAUGAAUCGCAGAGCAGUGCCGGAAGCGAUAGUGAUUGAUGAGGCUGUGCUCGAAGAGGACUUGCGUAUCAUGUAAGUAUUUGCAUGCCUCGUUUGUUUCUCUGUGAAAUUUGAUGAUGCAUAACCUUUUACACUUCUCUUGGAUCCACGCCUGCAUCAACUGUUCUUCAGUCUAUGAUGCAUCUCCCCAUGCACAUGCUGUCCCUCUCCCUAAAAACCUUUCUACCCUGGCGAGAACCCAUCUACGGUCAUCGUCCUACUGUAGGACACGUCAAUUGGUUUUAGUAUCAGCAGAAACCACAACCAAAACGAAAACCAAUGAACAUGAAGAGAAUCC